AUGUCGUCCGAGAACACCGAUAAGCUACGUGGGGAGUUGUGGGAGCAGGGCUUGAAGAACCGCCGUGAGGUAGUAGGGGAAAGCUACGUCGAUAAUGCCAUGCGAAAUGGCUCCAGCGAGUUUGCUUUUGCCCAGCAGGAGCUCAUCACCGAAUGGGCUUGGGGAAACAUUUGGUCCCGCCCAGGCCUGGAGCGCAAGCAGCGAAGCCUGUUAAAUAUCGGAAUGCUCAUUGCAUUGAAGAGCUGGGCUGAGUUUGGCAUUCAUAUUCGAGGAGCCAUCAGAAAUGGACUCACUGAAGUCGAGAUUCAGGAGGCAAUUCUUCAGGCUACUGUGUACUGUGGAGCACCGGCUGGAGUUCAGGCCAUGAAGGUUGCCGACGAGGCUAUCAAGGACAUGGUGGAGAAGGGAGAGCACAAGAGGCAGAUGGCAGAGGUCUCUCCUAAGUACAAGAAAUAA